AAAAAAGGAGAGAGACAGAGAAGAAUAGCGAAAUUCAAAUUCCAUGUUUCUGUCGUUUUAUUAAAUUAAUUUAUUUAAAAUUAUUUUCUAUACCUAUUACCUAUAAGUAAUUAUUAAUUAUAAAUUUAGCUGGUUAAUACAACAAUAUUAUUUAUAAUAAAUAAAACGAUAAUGGAUAUGACAACAAACGAGCCAACAAAAGUGGUGAAAUUGGAGCACCAUGUCAAGAAAGAAGUAUGCAAAACAAGACCACUUUAUAGACAAGGAAAAAAAUUGACAGCUGUCAAGGUUUAUACAAUCAAUGAUGAGUCUCAACAUAUUAUUAUUUGCGGUGUGCCAAAAGUUAAUUUGAAAGAUGACGUUGAAAGAAUUUCUGCACCUUAUGGUGUUAUUAAAUUAAUUGAACAUCUUCCUGAUUAUCCAUCAGAAGAAUUUACUGAUACAUUUCAUUUACGAUAUGAAAGAAUUCAAAGUGCAAGAAUAGCAAAACGUUUUUUAGAUGGUAAAAAUUUUUUUGGAGGUAUUCUUCAUGUUUUUUAUGCACCAGAAUUAGAAACAAUUGCUGAAACAAGACAAAAAUUAAUUCAAAGAAACAGAGAAGUUGCUAUGAGAAUCAAAAGAAAUCAACAAGAUUCAAUUAAUUUACAAACAAAUGAAUUUAAACCCAAAGCUCAGUAUCAUAGACAAAAAAAAUAUCCAACACUUCCAUUGACUGAAGACAGAUUGUCUAAACAAUAUCCUGGUGAAACAUUUUCUUCAAUAAAUCAUGGUAUCCCAACACCAAUUGAUCCACGACCUGUUACUGAACCAAGUCUUCCAGGUACUUCAAGCAACUGCACAUUUCCAGAAAUAACAAAAAAAUCGGAAUCUUCUGAUGUUAAAAAUUACAAAGGUCGACAUUUUCAUAGCACACCAACUGUCAAAGUAAUUCGACCAAAAUUAAUAGACACAAUGAAAUUAACAAAUCCCAUAAAUAAACAAAUUAAUGAAAAUAAAAAUACAAAUGUUUAUCAAGCUAUUAAAAAAGUUGAUAGUGGAAUUAAUAUUAAAAUAUUAUCAAAUAUUGAUAAUACAAAAAAAAGAAUAAUCAUUAAAAAUCCAAGUACCACAAGUUUAAUAGAACCUAUCAAUGAUCUUCAGUCAUCAAUAAAACUAGCAAAAUCAUCAAUUCGUGAAGCAAUGCAACAAAAUUUAAAUAAAAACAAAAAUUAAUAUAUAUUUUUUAUUUUUACAUUAUUUAUUUGUUUAAAAAAAAAAACAUUUAUUCAUAGUGUAUGAUUAUUGAAUAAAUAUCUUAAAUCAUUUAAAGUACAAAAAAAAAAAA